AAUCUUCUACUAAGAUAACUACUUACAAUAUUGUACAAUAAACCGAUCCUUUUUAUCGUAUAACAAGAGUUACUCUUAUACUCUACGAUAUUUUCUGAAAAGACACAAAGACUUUUUUACUUCAACUACCGAACAAACGAACACUUUCCCCUCUACUACACAAUACAAAUCAAAAUGUUCAGAACCCACCACAACACAACCACCCAACGCAACACCCGUCCUACAUUCUGGACGCGACUCAAAGGCCCAAAUGCCCGCACCCGCACAUACAAGACCGAAGAAACAACCUACAACACAGGCCAUCGACACCAUGGAACCGGCUACGGAGGGACGACGACAACAAGCAAAACUGCCCCUCCACGAACAACUGGAGCGGGUAUGACGACUCAUCACCAUCAUCAUCGGCGUCGACCGAGUAUUGGCGAUAGAGUCUCUGGAGCGAUGUUGAAAUUAAAAGGGAGUUUGACGAAGAGGCCUGGUGUUAAGGCUGCUGGGACGCGGAGGAUGCGCGGGACUGAUGGUAGAGGGAGUCGGAAUCGAUAUGCGUAUUAGGUAUGGCUAAAGAGGUUGGAGGAUGAGUUUGGUAAUGUACCUAUGAUGAAGAUAAAAGAUAUGAAGGAUCGAGUUGCAUGAAUGGGUGAUGCGGGGCGGUUUCU